UUUUGCUGCUAGUGAUGAACAAGCAAGCUAGGCUUGGUUUCAGAUAACCUUACAACGUGUUGCUGCAUGCUAGGCACCAGCACCUAGCUAGCAAGAUGGCAUCAGAUGGUCUGCCAUCCAGUGGGAGGAGCCAGCUGGCUACUAUGAAGCUCAAUGAUUCGAAAGCUGGCAUGGAAGGGUUAGACACAGAUAAAAUCAAUCAGAUUAUUGAAGAGGCUUCAAGAGGGUCAAAGUUUUAUGCUCACAAAAAGCAACGACAAGAAAAAAUUGAUGAGAGGAUCAAGCAUAUGCUGGAACUUAAGUCCACCUUCACCCCGAACCAGAUCGCCAGGGCUGAGUUGCAGAUGGACGAGCUAACAGCCCAGCUGGAGCUGAAGCGGGACCUGAGCAGGUUCAUUGUGCACGUCGACAUGGACGCGUUCUACGCCGCAGUCGAGAUGCGGGACAGGCCAGAGCUUCGGGACGUACCAAUGGCGGUGGGCGGCACGGGCAUGCUGAGCACGUCCAACUACGCGGCUCGCAGGUUCGGGGUCCGCGCCGCCAUGCCCGGCUUUAUCGGGCGCAAACUGUGCCCCCACCUGGUCAUCGUGCCCUGCAACUUCGACAAGUACCGGGCGGCCAGCGAACGGGUCCAGCAGGUGCUAGCCCGAUACGACCCAAACUUCUCCAUGGGCUCGCUGGACGAGGCCUACCUGGACAUCACGGAGAAGGUGCACUGCACGCUGUCGGCCGGCGAGUCGGAGGAGACUGAGGACGAGGCGGCCCAGCGACUGGUACACCAGCUGCGCGACGAGAUCCGCCAGGAGACGCAGCUCACUGCCAGCGCAGGCAUCGCGUGCAACGGCAUGCUGGCCAAGAUCUGCUCGGACCAGAACAAGCCAGACGGCCAGUUCUUCCUGGCGCGCGACCGGGACGUCAUCCUGCGCUUCCUGGACACGCUGCCCGUGCGGAAGGUCUGCGGCAUCGGCAACGUGUCCGCGCAGCAGCUGGCGGCGCUGGGCGUGACGCUGUGCGGCCAGCUGCGCGAGCAGCGCGGCCUGCUGCGUCUGCUCUUCUCGGAGAGCGCGCAAGGCUCCCUGCUGCGCGCCGGCCUGGGCGUGCGCGAGCCGGCGCCGGCCACCGACGACGGCCACCAGAAGUCGGUUAGCACGGAGACGACGUUUGCCGCCACGGCCGACGCGGCGUGGCUGACGGCGCUGGUGCGCGACCUCUGCCGCCAGCUGGCCGAAGACCUGCGCCGCAAGGGUUUGCGCGGCCGCACCGUCACGCUCAAGGUGAAGACGAGCACGUUCGCUCUGCGCACGCGCGCUGAGAGUCUGGCCACGCCCACGGCCGCGGCUGAGACGAUGUUCGCGGCGGUGCGGCCGGCGCUGACGCGUGAGCUGGCGGCCGGCGAGCCGCUGCGUCUGCUGGGCGUGCGGCUGUCGGCGCUGGAGGAGGAGGGCACCGCCAGCUGCCGCCAGGUGACGCUGGCAGAGAUGGCUGGCCGCGGCGCCACCGAGCACGUCUGCCCGCUGUGCGGCAGCCGCAGCGGCUCGCGGGCCGAACUCACCGCCCACGUGGACCGGUGCCUGCCGCCUGACGAGCACGCGGAGGCGCACCAGGAACGCUUCCCGACGCACUCGACCUAG